AUGUCCACACAUGUCGAGGUUGUUUCUACUGAUUUCAGACGGGCCAAAGUCAAGGUUUCACCUGGGACGUACCUUGUCGAUGUGUUGGGCGAAGCAUGUAAGAAGCUCAACCUAAAGAGCGAUAAGUAUGAGCUCAAGCACAAGCAGAAGCUGGUUGAUUUGACUGGCCCGUUCCGCACUUCUGGACUUGGUCCUGGCGCCAAACUCGAGCUCGUACAAAAGUCAAAGAGCGCCUCGGUGGUGUCUAUUGCCCUUGAUGUCAACGGUCAGCGGUAUACCAAGAAGCUUCCCAGCGAUAUGUCUUUAUGGAAGGUUAUGCGGCAGUUUGAAACCUCGGAGAAGGGCCUGAGCAUUACGGGGAGGGGGGUGCUCGUGGGGACCAACAGUGGCCAGUUGUACCACGACGCUCCUGUGGUCAACAUCAUGGGUAGAGAAUAUGCGGCUAUGGAAGACCUGCAAAAGACACUCUCUCAGUGUGGCAUCAACUCUGGUAGCAUGGUGCUCAGGGUUACUUUCAAGCUCGGCGAGAGGACGCUUUACGAUGCCAUGCAGGAGAUCGCUCAGUAUCUCGACGAGGUGGAGCCGGAACAAUCGAAGUCAAAAGAGGGAGCAGAGUCCCACCCGGCUCUGGUUACCGAAGAACUGAAAGCGGAUGAAGGUACUCCGGGGGAAGUUGCACAACCUGAAGCUGCCGCUUCAGCUGCCACACCGGCCUCCACCGAGGAAGCAGCGCUGAGUGUUCCAGCCGAGUCGAGGACAGCGGGCGAGCCCAUGGAAGUAGACGGACCAUCCGCUGCAGCCCCCUCCCCGUCGAACCCUAUACAACCAACCGGCGUCUUCGCCGCUCCAACAUCCUCAACCCCGGCCGCCGCUCACACACACGAAGACGACUCGGUCUACGAACCAACCAUCGCCCAUGCUCAACUCCGCCAACACCAGCUCCUUCAACGAGCCCAAAACACGCGUCUCAAGUCCGACGCUGAGCUUGCCGCCGAGGCCGCCGAGGAGGCAGCCCGGCUUGCCAAAGUCACCAAGGUCGAAAUCAAAGUCCGCUUCCCCGACCAGACCUCAGCAGUGUGGACCAUCACACCAGUCGAGACUGGCGCGUUUCUCUACCAAGCCAUCCGCAACAUUAUGAACCAUCCGGCCGCACCCUUCAAGCUGAUCCUUCCCGGCCCGAAGACGGUCAUACAGGAGAGCGGUAAGGCGCUGGUUGCGCAGUACCGCCUCAAGGGGCGCGAGAUGCUGCACUUGCUCUGGGAGGACUCGGUCGCGGCGAACGUGCGACAGGAGCCGUUCCUGAAGGGGAGCGUCGCGAGCAAGGCGACGGAGGUGGUGGUGCCCGAUAUCCCGGAGGGCGUGGCAGAUGAGCGUGAUGAGGCCGGGCCGUCGACCGCGCAGCCGGCCAGGCAGGAGAAGGGUAAGGGCGGGGGUGGGCUGGACUCGGAUGCGAUGAAGAAGAAACUGGGUAGACAGCACGACUGGACAUUCCAUUACGGCCAAAUUCCCCGCGACCUUGUGUCUGUUGUUAUUAGCGCAAUUGAUGGUACUUCAACUGCGAGGACCCCUAUACAUGCACAAACACCCGAUAGCCUUGGUCAUGAGGGUGCGCAAGGCCCAUUGUGCCGUGAUUGUCCCAUAGUCAUUGUGGUCUCGUGA